AAAUCAAGAAACAACAGAAUUAUCAUCUGUUAUAAGUGACAAUAAAAUUAAUAUAUCAACUUCUAAUAGUUUAUUAGCUAAAUUAAGUGAAUUUCUUGAAACAUCUAAUGAAGAUAUAGUUGAUAAAGAAACAAAAUAUUGA